CACCGCCAGCCUCACCUGAGCUGGCAGCUUCGUAGCAGUCGACUGGGAACCGACAUGCACUGAUAUUGUCUGGAUCAGAGAUGCAGUUCAGUGCCAGCUGAACAAACAGACAUUACAUGAAUGCAGCUUUAAAGACUUCAAACAUUUAACUAUGAGUGAACGCUACAGAGAGAGCUACUAUGGGUCCUCACCCCCAGACCUGAGGUUGAUUCUUUUGGGGAACAUCGGAUGUGGAAAGACGUCAUCAGCAGACACUAUCCUGGGCCAGCUGUCCAACGUCACUCCUAAUGCUGCUAGGAGCUGCCAGCUGCGACAGGGCUUCACUGAGGGCAAGAAUGUAACCCUGGUGGAGGCACCAAGAUGGUACUGGAACGGUGGCAAGAUGGAGGACAAUGUCAAAAAGGAGACAGAGCGGGCAGUGACUCUAGUAGCUCCAGGUCCACAUGCUAUUCUACUGCUAGUACCUGUUAGCCAAUUCACAGAGAUGGAGGGUCUUGUCCCUGCAUUGCUGGCGGAGGUGUUUGGUGAAAAGGCACUGGAUCACACUCUGGUCUUGCUGACCUGUGGGGACUACCUGAUGGGAAGAACAGUGGAGGAAUACCUGCAAAACGAACACCCAGGCCUGAGGCAGAUGAUUGAGUGUUGUGGGGGAAGGUACCACGUCGUCAAUAAUCGUCAGCGGCAGGACAGGGAGCAGGUCCAGGAGCUGCUUAAUAAGGUAGACAACAUGGUGCAGAAAAAUGGGGUGUACUACAUGAAAACAGCCCAGGAGAGAGACCUGGAAAAACGGGUCAAAGACCGAAAACGAGAACUUAUGGAAAGUUACAAAGCUCAAAAAGAAGAGAAAAGAAAGACUUUCGUAUCUACAAGCAUCCCAAACACAGAAAUCCUCAAUAAAGGAGAGGAGAACAUCAGCUACUUGGAGAGCAAGAGGAGAAGAGAAGAAAUGGAGAGGAGAAGAGAAGAAAGAGAAGAAAUGGAGAGAAGAGUGAAUGUGAGCCAGGUCUCUAAUGGGCUUCAUUCAACUCCAGUACCGGAGCAGCAGUCGGACUCAGAGUCGCGGGAUAUCAGGCAGGCAAACAGGAUGCCCAGUUUCAGAUUGAAUGCAGAGGGAGCUAUACUCUCACAAAUUCAUGAGGUUAAGUCAACGCCGAAAAAGAUCUCUACUUUUCAUCACAGAAUCAGCAGCUUUGAAGAACGAUCACCUGAGGCAUCUCCUACUUCUCCUCAUUCAUCCAUCUUCUCCUCCUCUGCCGCCCACUCAAAUCCAACCUUUGCAGCCUCUCCUUCUGUGCUCUCCUCAUCCACCUCAUCCCCAUCGUACUCCUCAUCUUACUCUUCCUCCUCCUCAUCUUUUCCGGAGCUUCGUCUGGUGUUGCUUGGGCGAUCUGGAUCAGGGAAGAGUGCAGCUGGCAAUGCCAUACUAGGGCAGAAGGACUUCGAGUCAUGUCCAGACAGCCUCACAGCGAUCACUCAGGAGUGCGAGAAAAAGAAGGCACUGGUUGAAGGAAGAAGGGUGGCAGUGGUGGAUACCCCGGACUGGUUCAAUUCAGAAUGCGCUCCAGACGAGGUGCGAGCUCAGAUCUCCUCCUGCGUUGCUUUGUCCAGUCCCGGCCCACAUGCCUUCCUCUUGUGUGUCCCGGUAGACCAACCUGCAAAGACCGAGCUGCAGGCACUCAGAGCCCUGGAGACUGUUUUUGGCCCCGAAGCAGUCCAGAAAUACACUAUGCUCCUCUUUACUUAUGCAGACCGACUGAAGGAAAGCGGGAAGGCGGGAAACGACAGUGUGGAGAUGUACAUUGCCAGUCAGCGGGGGGAUUUGUUAAAGCUUGUGGAGAAAUGUGGGGACAGGUUUCAUGUGAUGGAGACUGGAAGAGGCGUGAGGGAGAGGAGGAAUGUGGCCGAGCUGCUGGAGAAGGUGGAGCGGACAGUAAAGGAGGCUGGAGGACAGUGUUAUUCUUCUCCUGCUUUCCAGGAGGCAGAGAACAAAGUGAGGCAGAAACAGGUAGAAAUAGCAAGGGAGAGAAGAGGCAUAAAGAUGGAGCAAGAAAGAGCAGACGUUGGACAGCUCAGCUCUGAAAGGCGGGAGCUCUACUCCCAUAUGCAGCCUGUGGCCAAGGCAGAAGAGGAAGUGAGAGAGGAUGAGAUUGAGAAAACAAGGGAUGAGGCAGAGAUGAGUGUAAAAAACAUGAAUAUCGAGAGCCUUCCUCCUAUUACACUUUCCAGCAUGUCCCCUUCACUUCUUCAGUCCAUUAUGGAGAAAAUGGGGUCUAGUGCGAAGAUGGUACCUAAGCUGUUGGCAGAUGGCUCAGUGUGGGUUGGAGAGGGAGCAAAGAAGAUGAAGAAUAGUCCAGUGUGGGGACAAGUCGGCAGUGGUGCUCAAAAUGUGCAGAAGAUGGUGGUUGAUAGUUCUGUGUGGGGGAAGGUGGGAGCCACUGCAGGACAAGUCUCAAAAGCAGUCGGAGAUAGAGUCCCGAAGGUAGUGGUGGAUGGUUCUGCCUGGGUAGGGUCUGGUGUAAAAGCAGCAGCAGCGAGUCCAAUGUGGGAAAAGGUUGGUUCAGGGGCCAAAUCCGGGGCCAAACUAGUGGCAGACGGUUCCAAGCGUGUUGGAGUGGGGAUUGGAACCGGCGCAAAGAAUUUGGCGCAGAGUCCUAUGUGGGGAAAAGUAGGUUCUGGGGCCAAAACCGGAGCUAAACUGAUGGCAGAAAAUUCUGUGAAAGUUGGAGCUGGAAUUGGUGCUGGUGCAAAGAAGGUGGCACAGAGUCCGGUGUGGGGAAAAGUGGGCUCCGGGGCAAAAGCCGGGGCCAAAAUGGUAGCUGAGAGUUCAGUGUGGGAGAAAAUUGGGACGACUGCUAAACAGGUGCCCAAGGUAGUGAUCGGGGGUGCACUGCUGGGUCUGGUGCUUGGUGUGUUUUUGGGUGGAGUGAUUGGCGGAGCUGUCGGGGCAGCGGCUGGAUCCGCAGUAACUGAGGUGGGCAGACGAAAAUUCAGCAACAAAGACUCAUCAGAAAAGACAGAUGAAGCUGCAAGGAAUGUCGAGAGAGCAUUGAACGACAGUGUUGACGCAGUGGUAAAACAAGGAGAGAAAGUUUUGAAAACUGAAUGAAGGACUGAAUGCAGCUUUUAUUUAAAAAGUAUAACAAACGUAAAAACAUUUAUUUCUUGUGAAUUCCUACUGUCUGAAUAUGUCAUUUAAAAACGGUGGCAAACACUUUCAUAUCUUGGUGAUCACACUGUUUUCUUUUUGAAUAAUUUGUUUCCUCCUACUGUUUGCAUGUUUCUUUGAACAGUUAAUAAAUGUGGAUGAGUGUGA